GCUGUCGGUGUUAGUGAAGCUAUCUGGCACUGUUUUUCUUCAUCACCAUCGCCACUUCCAGUUGCAGUCGUCCUAACCGUUCUGAAACAAGUGGUGGUCUGUUUUGUUGUGUGUUCUCAAUUCGUCAACUUAUUAGGACUGUCAGCUUGAAAGUUUAAAUCCAUAGCUCGUUAGUGACAACGGAGGAGUAGGAUUAAGGCCGGCAAUGACAGUACAGUUACUUCAAGUUGGUGGUUAUCUAUAAGCUGUGAUUGUUGCAACAUUCGAGUAGGAAAGGCGAGACUGACGUCGGCGGUGUUCGGAAAUUUCCAAAAGCCGUUGAUUUGCAAAUUAAUACCUCUGUCAAAGCGACUUUUGCGCUGCGGAGAAACAGCGAAUUCUUUACAGAUUUUUGCAAACUUGGUUCCAAAUGAAAGGUACAACGUUCCCAUUGGCUGUUGUUGAAUUUCUAAUUGAUUCGACUUCCGGUUCCGGAAUUACAGGAUGAUGAGUACGAACACGCAGCAAAUCCCGAUUUCAGCGUAUAAGGCGAUGGAUGUAAAAAGCUCAAAUUUUUUUUCCAAAAGCUCAAUGUACUAACAUGAAUCCAACACUGUGCAUUCUCCUCACUGCUACCACCAUAGCAUCGCUAAGCUAUAACGUAGAUGCCACGACAAAUAUAACUUCCAUCUUUGUUGGAAAAGAUAUCGCUCGAGACAUUAGCUAUGCCCUGACAAACAUGGCACGGGAUUUAUCCGUACAUUUGCAAAGUAACACCAGUAAAACAAACAUCAUUUCACCGCUCAGUAUUGGAUCCUCGUUGCUGAUACUACUGCGAACGGCCAGAGGUACGACACGACUAGAACUACUAAACUUGCUACAUCUGAAUCGAUAUCAGAGGAAUGAUCCGAAAAUUCCCAGAAACUUUGGACGGCUGAUUCGUGAACUUUUGAGCGAUGUUCAAGAAAAUACCGUAUUGGAUGAUACUCCGCCAUGGUUAGGGGAAAGCAAGUGUGGCGCCAUCGAUUACGAGUACGAAGAUGAGGAUGAAGAUCCGUAUGAAGUUCCACCCCAAGAUCCGAAUGUCGUUAGACUAGCAAAUGCGAUUUUCGUUCAAAACGGGAUGCUUAAUAACUCAAGGCUGGAAAAAGUGAUUAAAAAUUUGUACCAGAGCACAAUAGAAAAUCUGAAUUUCUUUGAAGCACCAGACAAUGCAACUAAACAUAUAAACAAUUGGGCGAACGUGAGUACGAAUGGGCGAAUUCCGGAAAUCAUUUCACAUCAGCUGGGUCGUGACACAACGAUGGUGGUGGCCAAUGCCUUAUAUUUCAAAGCAUUUUGGGAAGAAGUGUUCAUAGAUGGGGCGACUAAGCCGAAAAAGUUCUUCCCAGACGGAGAAAAUGGCGAAUCCAUCGAGGUUCAAAUGAUGUCCAACUCUGGCUGUUUCCCAUACUAUUUCUCACAAAGCUUGGACGCUCAAAUUAUGGGUUUCCCCUAUAAAAAUCGUACCACUACGAUGUAUGUCGUGUUACCGAAAAACUCGAACCGAACGAAGCUUCAGCAAUUGAUGGCAGUGCUGGAUGCGCCCACUAUGGACGAGCUGAUCUCCAACAUGUCCAUGCGCUCGGCUUCAGUCCUCUUCCCAAAGAUGCACGUUUCAAAUUCUUUCGACUUGAAGUCGGCUCUGCAAGCUCUUGGUGUUGAGGCAAUGUUCACACGAGGCAGAAGCGAUUUCUCGUCCCUGAACCCUUCGGCCAAACAGGACAGCCGUAAUCUACGAGUGAGCGGAGUCUUACACAAGGUGGACCUGGAGGUAAACGAAGCUGGAACUGAGGGUGGCGCGGUGACGGUUUCCUUGCAGGAUAGAAUUGCACCCGCGGUGAAUUUUAGAGUGAUUAGUCCCUUUCUGGUGGCCAUCAGACAUGAUGCCACUAAGCUGCUGCUAUUUUAUGGUCCCAUUUAUGACCCGACUGGGUAGUGCUAGUAGUU